GCCCCGCCCCGUUGCCCCGCGCCGCUCCGCGCUCGCCGGGGCCGCCGGCGCCAUUUGCAGCCGCCAUCGCCAUGGCAGUGUUCGGGGGAUACCAGAGGUUCUCCCACUUGAGGCAUCGAGACUGAAGUUUGUUCUCUAAGUCAUACAGGUUAAAUACAGAACAAGUCUGAUGUUCCUGAGGACAGGCUGUACGUCCUUCAGUACCUUGGUAUAAUUAGGUACCUCCAUGAAGAUCUGGAUCUUCUCUCACAUUCUGUAGAGGACAAUGUAUCCUUGCUUUUCUAUACCGAAGAUGUUUUGAUCCUGUGUUUGUGAUGUCAGAGUGCUGGAGAAAAUGCUAAUGGAAGCAGGAUUUUAAAUAGAGGGUAGAGGAAGAUUAGCCCUGGUGGAAUUGCGUUUGAAGAACUGCUACACAGUUGCUGAUUGUAGAAAACAGGAGAGACUGAAUAGGCUAGCUGGUACAGAAGAGCUGCAGAGGUUAGUACAGAUUCUUUAAGGUGCAAUCGACGCCAUCGGCACUCGUAGAACCUAAUGUUCCAACUGGACUACUUGGUGCUUUCCUAACUUCCCUCUCUAUCAGAAAUAGUCCUGUUGCUGUAUAGCUUCAGAUUCCAUAAAUUUCAGUUUAACUACUAUAUAAAAGUUAUUAGCAAUCUGGAAGCAAUGGGGAUUGGUAAGAACACCACGUCUAAAGCAGUGGAGACUGGAAGCUCAACAGAAGGCAAAUAUGAAGAUGAGUCUAAACAUCCAGCUUUUUUCACUCUCCCUGUUGUGAUAAACGGUGGAGCAACAUCCAGCGGUGAUCAGGAUACGGAGGACACAGAGCUCAUGGCAAUCUACACCACAGAAAAUGGCAUAGCUGAAAAGAGCUCUCUGGCAGAGACGUUGGACAGCAGUGGAAGUUUAGAUGCACAGAGAACUGACAUGAUAUACACAAUUGAGGAUGUUCCCCCUUGGUACCUCUGCAUAUUCUUAGGGUUACAGCACUACCUGACAUGUUUUAGUGGAACCAUAGCAGUACCCUUUUUGCUAGCCGAUGCCAUGUGUGUUGGGUUUGACCAGUGGGCUACCAGCCAACUGAUUGGGACCAUUUUCUUCUGUGUGGGAAUCACUACUUUAUUACAAACAACUUUUGGGUGCAGGUUACCCUUAUUUCAAGCCAGUGCUUUCGCUUUCUUAGCACCUGCCCGAGCUAUUCUCUCUUUGGAGAAGUGGAAAUGUAAUAACACAGCAAUAGCGGUUACUAAUGGAACAGCAGAGCUGCUUCACACCGAGCAUAUCUGGUAUCCCAGGAUACGAGAGAUUCAAGGUGCUAUUAUCAUGUCCUCCUUGAUAGAAGUGGUGAUUGGUUUCCUUGGGCUUCCUGGAGCUCUGCUGAGAUAUAUUGGACCUCUGACCAUUACACCGACGGUGGCCCUCAUUGGUCUCUCUGGUUUCCAGGCAGCUGGGGAAAGAGCAGGCAAACACUGGGGUAUAGCUAUGUUGACUAUUUUCCUAGUAUUGCUGUUUUCUCAGUAUGCCAGGAAUGUCAAAUUUCCUUUACCGAUUUACAAAUCCAAAAAAGGAUGGACAGCUUACAGGCUGCAGCUCUUCAAAAUGUUUCCUAUUAUUCUAGCUAUCCUGGUGUCAUGGUUGCUUUGCUUCAUCUUUACUGUGACUGACGUCUUUCCCCCCGACAGCGCAAAGUAUGGCUUCUAUGCUCGCACAGAUGCAAGACGAGGAGUGCUGUUAGUGGCACCGUGGUUUAAGGUCCCUUAUCCUUUUCAGUGGGGAUUGCCAACAAUUUCAGCUGCAGGAGUAAUAGGGAUGCUUAGCGCAGUUGUUGCUAGCAUUAUUGAAUCAAUUGGAGAUUACUACGCCUGUGCAAGGCUGUCUUGUGCUCCUCCUCCACCUAUUCAUGCAAUAAAUAGAGGGAUUUUCAUUGAGGGUCUUUCCUGUGUUCUGGAUGGAGUAUUUGGUACUGGAAAUGGAUCCACCUCUUCUAGCCCCAACAUUGGCGUUCUGGGCAUCACUAAGGUUGGAAGCCGCCGGGUUAUUCAGUAUGGUGCAGCCUUCAUGCUUCUACUUGGAAUGGUUGGGAAGUUCAGUGCACUGUUUGCAUCCCUGCCUGACCCAGUGCUUGGUGCCCUCUUCUGCACUCUUUUUGGAAUGAUUACAGCUGUGGGGCUUUCCAACCUCCAGUUCAUAGACUUAAAUUCUUCCCGUAACCUCUUUGUACUUGGAUUUUCCAUCUUCUUUGGACUUGUCCUUCCAAGUUACCUCAAACAAAAUCCACUGGUUACAGGAAUAGCAGGCAUUGACCAAGUGUUAAAUGUUCUUCUGACUACAGCCAUGUUUGUUGGAGGUUGCGUGGCCUUUAUUUUGGAUAAUACCAUUCCAGGAAGUCCAGAGGAGAGAGGAAUCCGGAAGUGGAAGAAAGGAGUGGGCAAAGGAAGCAAGUCUCUGGAUGGCAUGGAAACUUAUGAUUUGCCCUUUGGCAUGAACUUUAUCAAAAAGUACAGAUGCUUCAGCUUCUUGCCCAUCAGCCCUACCUUCAUGGGUUACACAUGGAAAGGCUUCAGGAAAAGCAGUAACUGCAGGAGUUCAGACGAAGACUCUGCAGCUACCGUAUAGCCUUAGUUGAAAUGAUAUUAUCUAGUUGUAGUAAGAGAUGUAUUUGCAGUUUCUUGCUGAUUAAGAAGCAUUAAAAUAUAUGUUUUGUAUAUUUGCAUUUAAAUUCUGGAACCAGAGCUGAGACGGAUUUAAAAAAAAAAAAAAAAAAAAAAAAGCUUUCCUGUUGUGGAUGGUGAUAGCUAGAUACAGUGUCUCUGGGUGAAAUGUCUAAAAGCUUUUUACUUUCUGUUUUAAAAGAGAUUCGGGUUCCUAAGUGUCUGUGUCUUUUCUGAACAUUGAACUUGGGUUCCUGAAUCAUUGAGGUGCUUUUGAAAAAGUGUAAUGAUUGCUUUAUUAUGGUUUUAUUUAAAUCAUUGAUGCUGGCAUUUUUGGCGCAUUCAUUGCUGGCAAUGUUAGUUACGCCAGAACAUUUUUGAAUCCUCAUGUGAAAGGAGUAAAUUUUAAUUCAUUCAUAAUUACUGAUGUCAAGAUCAGAUAUGUUGUAUUUUUUUUUCCAGCUCUAGCUUGUACAUUCCAUAUUUUGCUCCACAGAUACCCGUGGAUUAGAUUUGAUAUUAUUCUGGCAACCGACUGGAAUACCUUUCCAGUUACAGAUAGUGCAUUCAGAGAUUUCCAGUAGUAAAAUAACUAUUUCCUUACUCAAUUACCCUACAUGAAAGCACACUGGCUUAACUAUAGAAGUGACUACUUGACAAGAACCACUUGUAUCCUGAGUGUGUGGGGCUUUAUUUUUUUUUUUAAAUGUUUCCUUCUUUCUGACUGGCAACUAAUGACCUGACUAGUGCCUAAGUACAAGCUCUCUCUCAAAGGAAAUGCCAGCUUCAUUCUUACAUGUCUGUGAAAGGGGAUGACUUCUAGAAGUGACACUUUGCUAGCAGAACAAGGCAUAUAGCUGUGUUGAUCACAAACACCUACCAAAUGAAAUGGUGAAUUUGUCUAAGCAUUUCAUGUUUGUUCUCGCAUAUGAGCCUUUACCUAUAGAAUCAGGUAGUGGGAUACUGUCAGCAUUUGCUUAUUCUGACCCAAACUAAAUUCUUUUUAUCCCACUCUGACUAUCCUGGUCAAAUGUUGUCUGAGGGGUCUAUGUUUAUGUAUCCUGUUUUCUUGCUUUGGGGGCCCUUGAUUUUUAUAGCCAAUCUUUCUAAUGGCAGAGACACUACAUCGGACAUCAUCAUCCACUGGAUGGUUUAACGGGUACUGGGCCAGUCAAAGGCACCAUUCAGAUUUUUUUUCCUGAAAUAGUCUCAGCUCUGCUGUUUAUGCGGAUGGUUAAUGCUCAUCAUGCAUCCAUGCUUACAAGGUUUUAUUCAUGUUUAAUGUUCUUACUAUUGCAAGUUAGUUUUAGACAUCAGUGUUUCAAUGUGGCCCCAAAAAGCAUUUUUAAGCUGUGGAGAUCAUCAGGGAGGCGUAGUGUAACGUACUCUUAAGGCCAGUAUGCUCUACGGUGCUUGCAUUUUGUAUCUCUGGAUAAAAAUAAUGGUAGAUACUGUAAUUCACUAAUAUUUAUCAAAGCUGACUACUGGACAAGAGCACAGGAACUCUGUUGUUUCCUGAGUCUACUUCUAGGUAAAACUUGUUGUUGGUUAUUGAAGCAUGGAAGGGUUUGCGGGUGGGGGAGGGGAAAAAGGAACUUAAUGGAUCAGUAUUGCUUAGUGCAGAGUGGGAAUGUUUCCAUUGAUAUAAUUUUUGGCAUGUCACAGCUGAUUCUGUAACAUCUCUUACACAGCUGUUUCCAUAUCAGAACAUGUUUGUACCUGCUUCAAGGAACUUUCAGUAGUUUGCAGCCUUGGUAUCAGUAGGACUUUCUUGAAAGCCUGCGAGAAGAAUCACUGCGUAAUAGACGAGGUGAUAUCUGUUACAGGGCAGACUAUUCAUGUAUUUUAUAUUUUGUUUUUAGGGCAAUGAGGCAUUAGGAAAUUUCCCCUUCCCCCAAGGAACACUGUUUGCUGAGAGCUCUGAACAGCAACACUAAGCUUCUAAACUUUCCACCUCUUUAUUUUAUAUGCAACCAAGGAUGGGGCAGGUGGAGGAAUUAAAAAAUAAUCACCUUUUUAGAUUGGUUCUAAUCAUGUCAAAUGAUGACCAAAGUUGGUUAUCUUUUAAAUGCAAGGAGAGGAAGGUAAUAUCGAGAGUUUAAAAACAGACAUCUAGAUGCUCAGAAUCCGGAAGAACAAUUUACACAGUGGACACGACAGUAAAACUCGUGGUGAGGCCAGCCUAUCAUUUGGCAGAAGUAUUCUCAUGGUAGCAUUCAUGGAUGAUGUGGUAGCAGACACAGCAUCGAAAAAGCCAGACAUUGGCAAGAACUAGCAUUUUUUUUUUUUUAGGAGAUACUUUUUUUGAAUGAAGCAACCUCUGUAAACUCUAAAUUGGUUGCCUUAUCUUUUCUCUAACGUGCUGUAAAGGAUGAUCACAUUGUAUGUUUUUAAGAUCAUGUACUACUUCAAUUAAAUCACAGCUCAAACAUUAUGAUUCUGAAAGCUUGUCUUUUUUCAAUGCAGAAUGUUCUUUCACUUCUUUCCAUGAUGGAAGAAGUUAUUUCAGACUAGGAAACACCAGAGAUAUUUUGUGUCUGAUAGAAAAUUAUGAUUUGAUUUAAUUAUUUGCCUUGCUUUCUGGUUCUACCGCACUGAUUCUGGUGACUGACUAACAGAAGUUUGGUAAAUUGUAUAUUGGAAGAUUACUGUGUUGAGCCAGCAUGCCUUGGCUUGCUAGCCAUUGAACAUGGCAACCCUAAAACAAGCAUUUAAUAUGGCCGAAUCGGGCAUUUUGUAACCAUAACCCUUUAAUAUUAAACAUUUGUGAAGGUGACUCCUUGAAAUCUUUCUUUAAGGAAGUUAAUUGGGUAGAGAUGAGCCUUAAUGUUUGCAAGGACAAUGAAAGGAGAUCAGAUGAAACCUGACUUAUGGCCAAGGUGUAUAACAAUUUUCCCUAGCAGACAAGUGACACAGAUAAUGUUUGGGCUGUGACUGCAGAACCCCGAAGAAUAGGUAUGUCUUUUUUUUAAUCUUUGCAGGUAAAAAUAGGUUAGAGCUCAUGCGCACGGUUUUGCCUUGCAAAGGGAAAUUCCCCUUUCUUCAAGUUUUUGCUGUUCCUGAGAACAAUUUAGAGCUGCCAAUCAAAGAAUAUGAAGUGCAGCUCUUUCCUUUUCUUUGUAAGGGAGGUGUUCAGAGUGCCCUCAGGUUGGUUCGUUGGGGGGUGGGUGGGUGUUACUGUUAUGGUAGGGUGUCCUCCCACUCACCCUUCAGAUUUGAAUUAUAGUCAGAAUGGCAUCUGCAAAUUUUAUUGAUGCCAUUUCAGUGUGAGAGACAGUUUACAAUGUAAGACGCUGUGGUAUCAGCUGCUCGGAGGUAGAUGUAUUGCAGACUUUGACUCUGCAAUUCUGAAAAGUUGAAUACUUAAUGUUUCUUGUUUACGUAUGUGCUGUGUGUGUAAGCCGGGAGGAGAGGGGGAUGGAAAUACGGCUGUUAACGCAAUACUGUGUCUUUGCUGUGUAUGUCAUUGCCCGCAUUUUGAACUGCUAAAUUAAACAGUACCUUGUAAAGAAGAUGAUGCUGAAUAGAUGGGCUAGAAGGAAAUAUCUUUGAACCAAAUUUAAGUAUACAAAGGCAAAUAUUCAUGGCAAAAAGAUCAUUUUGUCAUAUCAAAGGUGGUAUAAAUCUGUUGAGAGCAAACUUUUGUAGCCAAUAUUCUAUUGUAGUAUUCUUUGGUUAAAUUAAGAACUCCUGCUAACCUAUUUAAGUGCAUUUUCUGAAUAGCACACUUUAAAAAUAUGCCUUUAAAUUGACUUUUAAUAGCAUAUUUAUCUGUGGUUGACUAAUAGCAUUAGGAUGUGCUUGAUGGACUAGCCGGAUUAGUAACCUAUUGCAGAAAGCAUGGUUUGUUUGUUUGUUUGUUUGUUUUCCAUUUAAACCCAGGAGUUACUUUAUACUUUUCAAUACUGACUUUCAAUAUGACAACUUGGUUCAUACAUGAAUAUUGCAGUAUUUUAUUUCCAUAUAUUAAAAAUAACAUUUCCACUCAGGAUAAUUAUCACAUUUCCUGGGAGGGAGUGGUAUGAUAGUCAUGACAAUGUCAUGUGAUGAUAGAAUUUCUUCAUUGACGAAUCUAUAGUAGUUGUGUAUACUUUGUUUACCCACAUUUAUGUUAUUACUGAAAACUAAAGAGCUUCUUAUGGUUCACCUCCCUACUGAAAUACUGGUACUCACAGAGUUGAUUAAACUCCUGCAAAAUUAAAUCCUCAGUACUCCUUAAUACCACAAAAGACAUCAUUUAAGAAAGACCAAUCAACUGUAGUAAUGCCUCCAUACCAAAACUGUAUUGAAAUGUUCUGGUUGGUUAGUACCAUGUGUGGUAUAACCAGCACUACGAGCACAUACAGUUAAAACAACUGCCUUCUGAUGGUUUAAGUUACGUGUUGAAUAUUGUACACGCAAUUCAAAAGCAGCUUGUGCUAGCAUAAUUUAUACAAAUGCAUGGCAGACCAGCACAACCUGAUGUCUUUUUUUUUCAGUGGCCUUCUUAAACCAAAUGUCUUUGUGUUUCGGGUUUUUGGUUUUGGGGUUUUUUUCCAGGGGGGUGGAAUUGCUAAAAAGGGUUACUCUUUACAAAAGAUGAAUGAGUGAUUGGUUUCCCUCUUGUUACACAUGCCAUACUACUUCUUGCUAAGGAUUAUUAUCAUUCCUGGACAUGGGAUAGUACAUGUUCCAUGCUUUCACAUUUAUCUAGCUGUAAAGUAGGUCAUUACAGUAUUGGAAAGAGGCCACAGGUUUGCCAGUAUUGAGCUUCUGCCCAUGAGUCCAUACAGCUUAGUGCUGGGCUGCUUUAAGUAUUGGGGAUACAUAUUCAGCAACAUCCAAAACAUUCCUGUCCAGUUAUAAUUUUCUUGUGACUGUGCAUUGUCAUCUGUACAUAUUAAUAUCAGAGAUGUAUUUAGAGUUUGCCUUGUGUAUUAUCUGGCAUUUAUUACAACAUCUUUCCAGGUAAGCCAUCUUACUGCCAGUCCAAAAUAUUGUACUUUUGUCUGUUUAUAACAACCUUUGGCGUAACAAACUAUUGACUGUUCUUAGACAGUGGGGAUAAAUAUUUUUUUCCAUGAGUUUUUUGUGACUGACUUGGGCUGUAAACCUUUUAUUCUUUUGUUACAUAACAAAGGGGGUUUUUGUUGUUCUUGUUUCGAGAUGUGUAAUUCUUUUAUGGAGUUUUAAAAAAAAAUCAUAUUUUGUUUUUUCUAACAUGGCUUCUUUAAACGUUUAAAUAUUUAAAAAUAUGUAAUAUUUGGACCAGAUGUUGUGAAUAAUAGUAGAUAAAGCUAUUUUAUUCUGUAUUUUUAAAGCUGUUCAGUAUAAAUAAACACGGGCAUAGCUGCAACCUA